AUGGUAAUAGCAGGACAGGGGGCAUUAGAGGAGUUACAGGACAGCAUGUUAGAAACAGAGCGAGGUGAAAGAUUACAAGCUUCAAGAAGGAGAGGUGCAACUAAGAAAAGAGGCCCUUCCAAGGACCUUGGAUCCAAGGAAGCAAGAGAUAAGGGAAAGGACUCCCUGGGAAAGAAACGGGAAAAGAGGAGAAAAACCCGAAAAAGAAAAGCCUUUAUGGUAAAGGAGUUAGAGGCUUUAGGGCUCGAUAGUUCAGAAACAGACGAGCUUAGCCCCUCUGAGGAAGAGGAUUUAGAAGAUGAGGCAGCUCACUAUGAAGAAGAAAGAUACCACCCAGAUAGCUUGAGUAAAAAACAGAAGAAAGCGGGAGGCGGAAACCAUGCGGUUUCCCAGCCUGUAGGCCCAAGCGCCCCUCCACCUUAUAUGGAAAGAUUUUACUCAGAUUCCUUCCUUACUAGAGAUGAGCAAAAGAUACAACAGGCAUUUCCGGUGUUUGAGGCUGCGAAAGGAGGCCGUGUCCACGCACCGGUAGAAUAUAUUCAAAUUAAGGAACUUGCUGAGUCGGUCCGUAAUUAUGGAGUUAGUGCCAAUUUUACUAUUUCUCAAGUCGAAAGGCUUGCCGCUCUGGCCAUGACUCCAGGAGACUGGCAGACAACAGUGAAGGCUGCGCUCCCUAAUAUGGGGCAAUAUAUGGAAUGGAAAGCCUUGUGGUAUGAUGCCUCUCAGGUGCAGGCCAAAGUCAAUGCCAUUGCUGAAGGCAAUCAGAGAAAUUGGACACUUGAUCUGCUAACAGGACAAGGGCAAUAUGCCAAUAAUCAAACAAAUUACAACUGGGGAGCAUACGCUCAAAUCUCCACUGCUGCCAUUAAAGCAUGGAAGGCACUUUCUAGGAAGGGAGAGUCUGGGGGACACUUAACAAAAAUUAUACAAGGCCCCCAGGAGCNAUUCUCAGACUUCGUGGCUAGGAUGACAGAGGCAGCAGGCAGGAUCUUU